AUGGGUCGCGGCUUCACUAUCGGCCUGGCAGCCUUUGCGGCCACGGGGUCGUUCCUCUUCGGAUAUGACAGCGGUGUCAUGACCGAUGUGAUCGAAUCGAAGAACUUCCUUGCUUUCUUCAACACGGUCCAGACUUCUCCAAUCAUUGGGGCAAUUAAUAGUACAUUUUCUGGUGGAGCUGCUUUGGGCGCCCUCCAGGGAGGACUGACGAUGGAUCGCUUCGGCCGGAAAUUUACUAUUCAAAUGGGCGCCUUCAUAUGUCUUGUUGGUGCGAUCCUUCAGACCGCUGCCCAGAACUUGGCUAUGAUGCUCGUGGGUCGUAUUCUGGCCGGGUGGGCUGUCGGUCUCUUGUCAAUGUCGGUUCCAGUUUAUCAGGCCGAGUGUGCUCAUCCUCGAAGCCGAGGCUUUAUUAUCGGCUUGUCACAGCAAAUGAUCGGUAUUGGAUUUAUCGUCAGCACAUGGGUGGGUUUUGGAUCGCUUCAUGCCCCAGAAACUAGCGAGUUCCAAUGGCGCUUUCCUCUGGCUUUCCAGACGGUUCCUUGCCUACUUCUAGCAGUGGGAAUGUUCUUCAUGCCCGAAUCCCCUCGGUACCUGGUCGAAAAGGAACGCUACGAAGAGGGAAUGAAGAUCUUGCGGAAAUUGCACUAUGACGGCACGAACGACGAAUGGAUUCAGACAGAAUUCAAUGAAAUUAGAACGACCAUCGAAGCUGAGAAGGCUGUAACAGUGUCGGGCUGGCUCAUCAUGUUCCAGGUUCCCCAAUGGCGGACUCGAUUGCUUCAUGGUAUCGCCGUCCAGGCCUUUGCGCAAAUGACUGCUGUCAACGUGAUCGGCUACUACCAAACCAUCCUAUACAAUUCCCUGGGAAUCACAGGAGGUCGCAACAUCCUCGUCGCCGGUAUCUACAACUGCGUUGGUCCAGUUUGUAAUCUUAUCUUCAUUGUUUUCCUGCUCGACAAAGUGGGGCGACGCAAGCCCAUGCUGUUUGGCUCGAUAGCUGUCACCAUCGUCCUGAUCUGUGAAGCCGCACUGACCUCGGUCAACGAAGACGGGUCCCGGACGAGUUACAGCAUUGCCGGCGUGUUUUUCAUUUUCUGCAUCACAGUGAUUUUCUCCUUCUCCUACGGAUCAUGCGCCUGGGUGUACAUGGCCGAAGUCAUGCCGAUGCAAAUCCGAGGCCGAGGAAACGCCGUCGCAACCAGCCUUGGCAACUGGGUGGUGAGCACCAUCUGGAAUCAAGUUUCGCCGAUUGCAUUCGGCAAAAUUCACUGGCGGUUCUACCUGGUCUUCAUUCUGUUUAAUGUCUGUAUCACGAUCCCGACGGUGUUUUUCUUUUUCAAGGAGACCAAGCAGAAGUCCCUGGAAGAGAUCGAUCUCCUGUUCGGCGGACGGGCAUUGGGGACCUUGCCAGAGAAUGUGAAGCGAAAGCCGCCGAAGCCGAAAUGA